GCAGAGCGCUUGCCCCCAGCGAAAUAGUCUGGGACCCUGCCGUGGUAGCUCCUCACCAUUUUGUUGCACAUCCUAGCCAUGCAGGAGGGCUUGUCCAUAUCGCCCAGCAUACCGGAGAGGGAAGCAUCGGUGGUACAAUGAUGCAAGACAUGAACGACAAAGCUGUUAGCAUCAGGUUACAUGCAAAUGAACCCGGCAAUGGGCAGAGGUCUGGCCCCUGUGUUUGUGAAAGCAAAUGACGGAUCAAACUGGUUUCUCCAGCAUCAUUAUCCAGCGCCCCAAAUGCCCAUGGCGCCCCAUCCUUACCCAGGGGUGCAGUACGUCACAUUCCAACCCCCUAUGUCGACUAUGGGUCACCUGAACCCCCUCCAGCCGCAGCAUAUACAAGUCAAACCAGGGGACGUGUUGGACCCCCACAGCGUUGGACGAACGGUCACUAUGUCAGAGGUGAACCAACUUCUUCCACCGAUCGAACCGAGAAAUAUUCUGAUUCCGAAACGACGCAGUGGGCAAGGAAAUUCCGUUGGUUUUUCCCGGGUGAGCAAUGCUACCAACUGUGAAAGGUCGUUAAGAGGGAGCAACGUCGGUACGCGGAGACGAAGUCAGUCGUUUGAAAGCAACGAGAGUUCAUUAGCAGGUAAUGGGUUCCAAAUCCCGUUGAAAAAAUCCAGCCAUUCAGCAAUGCCAGUUAUUGAGGCGACAGUUGAACGCAUGGAAGGCGUUGGAUGCAGAAUUCCUGACCCGAUACAACAACGUAGUGUGACUGAUAUAUUGGAAUAUUAUUUCUCCGACGAUUGCUUGUCCAGAAAUGGUUAUUUAUUGAAACAGAUUUCACAAAACGAAGAAGGAUACGUAAGCAUCAAAAGAAUUGCCGCCCUCAAACGGAUGAAAUCUUUAACACGAGAUAUCCGCACGGUGGUGUAUUGUGCUCGCUUGUCAGAAAAGCUGGAGUUGAGCGAAGACACCAUGAUGAUCCGUCGUAAGCAACCCUUACCAAGUAGCUUGGAACCGCCCCGCCUUAUAAGAACAGUGAUCGCUAUUAACUUACCACUCCCAAUACCUACUGUAGAGUCUGUAACCUCACUGUUUUCUAUAUAUGGCGAUCUUGCCCAGGUUCGGGUCUUGAAACCGGGAAAGACGUUGCCACCGUAUUUGAGGGACUACACCGCGUGGGUGCCUGACCUCGGCAAAGAAUAUUGUGGUCUUAUUGAAUUCGAAACGCAAGAAGAAGCGCAAGGUGCUUGUAGAGAGAUAAAUAUGAAGAAUCGAGAUUUCAACAGCUUACGUGUAGCACUACUGAAGCCAGGGGCAAGGCUUCGUCGAACUUUGUAUAGAAAAUAUAAGGGAGAAGGCGACAACGAACCUGGACAGCUUGAUACUGAGACCAACCCCCUCCCAAAAGUUUGCGAGGGCAUGCAGAACCUACCCAUGUUCUCAAGCAAAUGCUACAAACCCGACACUGUGGGAUCUGCUAUACAAUCACUUCAAAGUCGAGAUUACGACGCUAGUAUAUCGGGCUCAGGCUCUGAUUCAGAUUGCCCACCGGCCGGCCAGCAAAUGUUGGCGAAUCGUCCAAAGUAUUCGGUUUCAGAUAGCGGGUACAGUCAUUCCAGCGGAGACGAGAGGAUUCGCCAUAUUGAUAGCAUUAAAUCAAGCUAUAAUCGCAAUACGAAACGUAGCACCAGAUCUUUGACCACAGAUUGCCCGGAGUCUGAUAGUAGUGACGCCUCCAGUGAUGUAAGAAGGCAAAGAAGGGGCUCGCCUUCGUUCAGCCGAAUUCCAGUCGGAAUCAUCCGAUACCCAGUCGGCCCCAGAGACAAUUGUACCAAAGGUUUCACUCGUGGAUUUAGAAAAUCUUUAGCGUGACCAGCUACUUUUCAACUGUGUGCCUUAUAUACCAUUUCCACUAUCCUAUUAUUGCUUUUUUUGUUUAAAAAAAUUGUUUAAUCAUAAGUUUCCAUUUUGUGCUCGAAACACUAUGAGAAAAGAUUCUGAAGAGUCGCUGCUGCCAAUCAUACAGUUACUUGUUAUAAUGCAUUUCGUGUUUCUUUAAACUUAUCCUUUUACUUUUGAAUUGUGUGGAUGCUCAUGUCACGAGCCAUAGGCCGACGACAGCGGCCAGAAAUAUAAGCAGCAAAAGCAAAU